AUGGACCCAAUCAAGUACAUCUUCGAAAAGUCCGCUCUCACAGGGCGGAUCGCUCGGUGGCAGGUGUUGCUAUCUAAGUUCGACAUAGUCUAUGUCACCCAAAAGGCGAUAAAGGGAAGUGCCUUGGUAGACUAUUUGGCUCAUCAACCUCUUAAUGAUUACCAGCCCAUGCAUAUUGAGUUCCCGGAUAAGGACAUCAUGGCCUUAUUCGAAGAGAAGCUAGAAGACAAGGACAAAGACAAAUGGGUCGUGUGGUUCGAUGGAGCGUCCAACGCUCUAGGCCAUGGCGUUGGAGCGGCUUUGGUCUCUCCUAAAAAUCAAUGCAUACCUUUCAUGGCUAGACUGGGUUUCAACUGCACCAACAACAUGGCCGAAUAUGAGGCAUGCGCCCUCAGGAUCCAAGCAGCAGUUGACUUCAACGUCAAGUUGCUCAAGGCUUACAUCAAGAAGUUGAAUGAGUUCUUUGAUGAGGUCUCUUUCCACCACGUUCCCCGAGAGGAAAAUCAAAUAGUCGAUGCGCUUGCCACUUUAGCAUCCAUGUCCCAGUUGACUCCGCACGGAGACCUGCUGUACAUUGAGUUCAGAUGUCGUGGCAAGCCCGCACAUUGUUGUUUGAUAGAAGAGGAACAGGAUGGUAAACCUUGGUAUUUCGACAUCCAAUGA